AUGCGACCGUAGAAUAAAGCAUGAAAUGCCCCUAAAACUUUUUGCACAACACAACAUUUUCUUUUCUUCUUCACCAUCAUCUUCUCCAAUGGCGGAUCAUGGCUUUUUCAGGCUCUGCCUAGCAAUUUUCACCAUUUUCUUCUGCCUGAAAUCUCCCUGUUUGUGUCAGAAGGUUACUCUGAGUCUCUACUAUGAAACUCUAUGCCCUUACUGUGCAGACUUCAUCGUGAACCACUUAGCCAAUGUUUUCGAGAACGGCUUGAUCUCUAUCAUUGAUCUUCGUCUUGUCCCAUGGGGCAACGCCCUUAUCAGACCAGACCGCACCUUUGUCUGCCAGCACGGAGACUCUGAGUGUGCGCUGAAUAUAAUACAUGCAUGUGCCAUAAACGCAUACCCUGAUGUGGAGAAGCAUUUCCCGUUUAUCUACUGCGCUGAACGGCUAGCCCUGGAGAACAGGCUCAACGAAUGGGUUAAUUGUUUAGAUAUGGCUGGAUUGAGCAGAGCACUAAUUGACUGUUACACAAAUGGAUACGGAAAUCUGAUGGAACAGAGAUAUGCUGAAGAAACCUCUGAACUUAAACCACCUCAUCAGUUUGUACCAUGGGUGGUGAUGAAUAAUCAACCACUUCAAAAGGAUUACCAGAACUUUAUGAUGUAUGUGUGCAAAGCUUAUGGAGGGAACCAAGUACCAGAAGUUUGCAGUAUCUUAAACAGUUCCACAGAGAUGCUAAGGAGGAACUUUAACAGUUCAGUGGAGAAACUAGGCGACAACCACCUAGUUUGCUACGCUACUGACCGAGAAUUGGGUUCAAAAUCUCCCUAAGACAUUCAAUAAUAUUGUAAUGUUUGGAAUUGGAGAAACUGCUUACCAGUAAAAGUCUGCUCCUUUGGGCAUCUUAUUGCCAUUUCCGCGUCUGUAAACCUGAAACUGGACUUACAACAAUCUGCACAGGACGAUUACUCUGGAAGCUUUCUUUUUCAA